UGGAGUGCAAAGAUAAAUUGCAACAAAAGAGGUCAUGCGCCAUGAACAAAUAUGGGAAACAAUGUAAUUCAUCUGCGGGACUAAGAAGGACAUUUGUUAUUCUAAUACUAAUUUCCAAUGGACUGAAACUCUGUUUGAGUUACGAUGAAGAAUUUUGUGGAGAAUCUCAGACUACUGUGAGUAGAGUAUCAAAAUGUCCUACUACCAAAUCAACGUGGGAAGAACGGGCACUGAGGAAAAGUUGUUCAUCUAUCCCACAUACCUGUAGUGGUGACUUAUCCUACCACUGCUUGAUAAACCCUUGGCAGAACAUUACCUUAGAAGUGUGUGCUCCUCGAGUGAAAAUACCAUCAGGACACUGUGCAGAAUAUAGCUCAUUAGGCGGAAGGGUACAGGAGUAUUACGAGCGGUCUUGUUCAUCUUGUGUCAGCGACUAUCUGUCAACAGAUGCCUACCAAUAUGAUGAGUGUUACAAGGCGGUAUAUGAUCGUUUUACUAUCAACAGAGGUACAGAGAUGACGUCACUUAGUUCUCAGAUCUGGAUAUAUUAUCAUAGCAUACUUUUGUCUUCGAUGAUCAGUGGACUGAUUUAGAAAGCAUUAUGUCAUUGUUUACUAAUCACUCAAUCUAUCUAUCGAUCACGUUUUGUGUUCGAUGACCGAUCUAACCAUCCAUUCAUCCAUUUAUCUAUCUAAUUAUCCAUUCUUUGAAAUUUAUCACUAACAACACCAAUGGUAUUUGUUAUUUUCAAAACAACUUGAGACUUAGAAUUUUCAUAAAUUGUACAGAUCAGUUAUGCUUAUACUGAAUAUAAUACAUUAAAAGUGUUUAUUGGGUAUUUCAAUGUUAUAUACCUAUUAAUAUUGUAUCAAUACAUAUUUUAGAUUGCUGUCGAUUGUUUUGAUAUUUGGGUAGAUGCAUGUAUCUAUCACUAGAACAGAUCUAUUAAUAUAUCCUGAAACAUGUACAUAUCCAUUGUAUAUACCAGAAAAUUCCUAUAUUUUCAUUUAAAUACAUGUGUAUUGGUAACUGUAAAGAAUCUUUAAAUUUAAUCUAAACAUGUUUUAUUUUGUAUAUCAUAAUAGGAUUAGGCAGUAGGCAGAGCCUAUGUAUGCCUUCAGGAGUAGAGCUAUUCAUUACCCUUUCUUUUAGUACUUUCAUUACAUGUCAAAUACAUUGUAAAUGGCGGUUUUAUUUACACCACUACGUCAAUGAUUAUACCUUAUUUUUGAAACAUGAUGAAAUCAACAAGUGCAGAUAAAUCAAAACAAUCAUUAGUUUCAGUGAUAUUAAAGUUAUGUGUUUUUGUUACUGCAGCAAUAUAAUGACUUUUGUUAAGCAGAUGCAUGGACAUUAUAUACGGUAUCGGUGAACACCUCGGGUGUAUAUUCGGGAAAUUGUUUGUUAUUUAGCUAUGAUACAUAUAUAAAACUAGUUAAAUUACAAUUUUAAAGGUUUUUUCUUCUUUAUAAUAAAUAAUGUAUGGUAUCAAUGUUUUACUAGAGUAAUAUAUGCAUCAGAGUUUUCAAUCGGCCUACAUUUGAAAUCUCAAAUAAUGUUCAUUUUGUUGAAAUGCUGAUAAAAAAUUAUUAAAAAUAUAUCGAAGGUUAUUUAAAGGAUUAUAGGACCUGCUAGUACAAUUUGAUGCUUAUGUGUAAACCUGGGAGUUUGCUUAAAUGUUGUUUAUCUAAGUGAGAAUGCGAAAUUUGGUGGCAAUGGGUUUUGAGUGCACUAUACUAUAAUAAUUUCAUGUACAAGGGUGUAAAUGGCGGUGCACGAAUCGCAUAAUUUGUGCACUGAAAUCAGUAACUUUUGACACUAGACACAAACCUUCUCAUCCUUCUCAGUCCUCAAUGUGUUUUUUGUAAUGCUAUACAUGUAUGUACACGACUUUUUUUAAAAUACGUGCCAUUGCUUAUAUCAUCUGUGAUCAGCCAAAUCAGUGUGAUUUGUUUACAUCCUCUUGCAAUAUUUUCCUAAGUACACUUACAUGUAAAUAGCCACAGUUUCGUAUUUCACUCCUGCAUAUUUGUUGAUGACAUCGUCUUUUGAAUGACAAAUUGUUUACACAUCUUUUGAUCAUAAAUUACAUUCUCCCUUACAGUGAGUAAAAGAGUCCAUUGCAGUCUGGAUGAAUAAUCUUUUGUGUACUAGUUUAUCAUCGUACUUUCUUGUGAUUAGUUGAACAUCACAGUACAGUGAUUCUACAGAGUUACUUUCUUUGGUUUGUUUGUUUUUGUUUUCUUUUUUCUUUCCUUGGUUAGUGUCAAUCUCUCACUGUGUUAGGGCUUGUGGCGCAAUUUAAUUUUUUGGACGCCUCCAAGUAUUAACUCAUUUAUGUAUAUAUUGUAUGCAUGUUCCAUGUACUGUAUAACUUGUAAUUGUACUUUCACUACAUGUAAUUUUCUAGUCAGUCUCAAAGGGGGAUCACACUUUAGCUGACACCUAUGUACAUGUUUCAACAGGUAUUGUUUGUUCAGGUGAUCCCCCUUAAUGGUUUGUUAUACAUUUUACUUAACAAUUUACCUUUUGUCAUUCAAUAAAUGACAUAUUCGACAAAACUGCAUUACAAUGUUGGGUUAUUUGGCACUGCUUGGACGGUUUCUUCUCAUAGGAGGCAUAAAACAUAUUAUAGUAUUGAGUCUUAUUGAAUAUUAUUUUGUAAAACAGUUUUGCCUAUUCUGUAGCCUAUAUAAAAGUUAUUUACUCUACACUUAUUGCUGUGCGGUCUAGAAAUUACCAAUUAAAUUGUUUUCAGCAUUGUGUGAAGUACAAGUAUUACUGUUGAUGUGCAAUAUAAUAAACUGUUGUGGUGAUUAAGAA